AUGUGCCACUUUCAGGUCUCCUCACACUGCUGGUGUGUUCCAUUUUGUCAUAGGGUGCUGGCAGAUUACGGGCCUCCCAUUGCUGCUGCCAGGCCCGUAAUCUGCCAUGGGCCCCUGUACCGCCUCCUCAUGCUGCUGCCAGGUCCAGAGUGUCUCAUGGGUCCCUGUACGGCCUCCCAUUGCUGCUGUCUCCAUCGCCACACUCUGCCAUGUGCCACUUUCAGGUCUCCUCACACUGCUGGUGGGUUCCAUUUUGUCAUAGGGUGCUGGCAGAUUACGGGCCUCCAUUGCUGCUGCCAGGCCCGUAAUCUGCCAUGGGCCCCCGUACCG